CGAACAUUAAUUGAACGUAUGAUCAGUGAAAAUGACAUUUUUAUAACUAAAAGCGGAUUUAAGACAUGGAUAUCGAGGACUUAAAUUGCAUCCAAAGACGUCUGCGGACGGACUCAAUCGAUGCUCACCCGACGGAAAAGGCGAUUGUAGUGAACUACGAGUUGGAGGCCUCACUCGUCGGCGAUUUGGGGGACACGAUGUUAGAGGAGAGCAGAGAGUGUCAGAAAAUAAUACGUCUGAAAAAUUUGAACGAAUCGACAGAUAUUAAGCAAUUGGCGAAAGAGAUAAUAGAUAAAUGUAAUCUCAUUCCGACCGCAAAAUACAAUGAAUUGACGNUUCCGACCGCAAAAUACAAUGAAUUGACGACUUUAUUGCAAUAUUUGCGAAAUCGUAAAGACGUGUCCAGUAGUCGACCGCAAACUGCGUUUUCCGACAGAAUGAAGACUAUGUUAAUCGAUGGACAAGAAUCUGAAGAGAAGGAGACCGAAGAGGCAAUGAUUGAUAAACUCGAUCAAUACAUUGAACUCCUAUACGAAGAGCUGUCGGACAAAAUCAAAGGUUCAUUCCUUAUUCUGAAGCUCUCGAAAAAUAGCGAAAAUCUAAUUGAAUUGACAACUAAUGAAACUCUUAUCUGCGCUUUGGCUCGAGUUCUUCGAGAGGAUGGCAAGAAAUCACUGGAAUUAGCCAUUAAUAUAACCUUUAUAUUCGCCUGUUUUUCAAACUACUCUCAAUUUCAUUCAACUAUAAGUCAAUUCAAAGUCGGUUCCAUUUGUUUUGAUUUAGUUGAGUGUGAAUUAGCCCGAGAGGACAGUUGGGUUCAAGAGCUCAAUGAGAAGAGGGUCUUAGCCGACGGUCAAUACAAUUUGACGGCUCAAUCAGACUUUGAGAAAAGUCUAAAACGAUAUCAAUUAUUAAUACGAAAGCAAAAUAAUUUGCUUCGGAUUGUGUUUUAUUUGUUAUUAAAUUUAUCGGAAGACAAUAAAGUGGAGAUUAAGAUGAUUAACAAAGGAAUCAUUGGGCUAUUAGUGAAGACUUUGGAAAGAGAUUCACAAGAAUUGCUGUUAGUUGUCGUCACAUUCCUUAAGAAAGUAUCCGUUUAUUUGGAAAACAAGAAUCAAAUGAAAGAAUAUUCAAUAAUCGAGAAAUUAGCGCCAAUUCUGUCACUAACUAAUGAAAACCUGGUCUCAAAUACACUAAAAUUAAUGCAUAAUCUGGUGUUUGACAACCAAUUGAGAGUUGUGUUAAUAAAGAGUGGACUCAUCCCUAAACUCAUCACUUUUCUCAGUAAAGACAGACACACGAAGACUGUGUUAAAUAUUUUAUACCAAAUCAGUCGCAAUGAUAAAUGGAAAGCAUUGUUUAGUUAUUCGUGUGAAUGUAUUAAUUUGAUUGUUUCAAAAGUACUCAAACCGUAUCCAAACACUUAUUUCGAAAUCAAUUCUUUGGCUAUUAAUUUGGCGCUAAAUCAACGAAACGCUCAAUUAAUGUGUGAAAAUUCAAAUCUCACUCAAUUAUGCGCUAAAGCUUUGGACACAAAUGAUUAUCUCUUAUUGAAAUUAUUACGAAAUAUCUCGUACCAUGAUGAUCCGAUUAAGAUGUAUUUUAUCGAUUAUCACAAACAAUUGGCUAAACUAAUGGUUACAACAGAUAAUGAAGAGGUGGCCGUCGAGUGUUUAGCAAUACUUUCAAACCUGAAUUUAGUACAAAUUGAUUGGAAUUCACUGUUUAUUGAGAAUAAUAUUUUUGAAUGGAUUGAACAGCGGAUCAAAACCGGCAGCAAUUGUGAAGACGAUAUUGUUCUUCAAAUUGCGAUUUUUAUUGGAACCGCUGCUCAACAGAAGGAAUGCGCUCUCUAUCUAAUCAAUUGCCAAAUAAUUAAACUAUUGAUUGAUUUAUUGAACGCUAAACAAGAAGAGGACGAAAUUGUAAUUCAGAUUAUAUACUCAUUUUAUGUGUUCAUUAGACACACUGAAGCCAGAGAUUUCAUUGUCAAAGAUUCUCAAUAUUAUUUAAACGGCACAGAAGUGGCCGCUUAUCUCAUAGAUCUGAUGCACGACAGGAAUAAGGAAAUCAAAAGGAUCUGUGACUCGACUCUCGACGUGAUUGCAGAAUACGACAUACAGUGGGCGUCAAAGAUAAAAGUGGAAAAGUUUUGCGCUCAUAAUAAACAGUGGCUCGAAAUGAUUGACUCCCAAAGUAACGAUGGUUUCGAUCCGUUUGGUAAUGGAUUUGAAGAAUCUCUGGUAUAUCCGGAACUGCUUAUCAAAACAGACUUAUUGAAUGACUCGAGUUCUGAUAAUCAAUCGGAAGAUCACUCCAUUCAUUUGUCAGUUCACGGAAUGCCACUCUUGACUGAAUCAAUGGAUGAGCCAAAGCCACAGCCGAGUCCUAAACCUAAUGACUUGACUUCAAAUGCGAUGAUAAGUAAAAGACCACAAACUGGUUAUAAAAAGAGGUAA